CCGCCCUGGGACGCGCGACGCCGCGGGAGAAGCAACUCCCUCGAGGUGGUCGCUUUCUGGCAGCUCGGUGGGAAGGAGGAGGCGGAGAAGGAGGCGGCGGCGGCGGCGCGGACGUCACUUUCCCCGGCCGCAUGUUUACGUGGAGAUGAAGAUGGCGGCGCCGGUGGAUCCGCCACGGAGUCCCCGGUCCCCGUAGCGCCCUGAGCGCGUCCGGGGUGCCAGAGGAACCGGGGAGGAGGAGCCGCAGAGGGGAGCCGUCCCCUUUGGGCGCCUGGGGGGCGAGCGGCCCCCUUCGCCUUUCCGCCUGGCGCGCAGUAACGCUGUUGUCUCUCCGCGCAGGGGCCAUGGAGGACGAGGAGAGGCAGAAGAAGCUGGAGGCCGGCAAAGCGAAGCUUGCACAGUUUAGACAAAGGAAAGCACACUCUGAUGGGCAGCAUGCACCCAAGAAGCAGAAGAAAAAGAAAAAGGUAUCAAACACCAAAGAUGAAGAAUCGGUACAAGAAGGUCUGGAUAUUGACCAGUCUCAAGGAGAAGAUGCAUCCCCACACAGCUGUCAAAGAGGAGCAGCUGCUGCAUCUGACUUUGCCAUUGUGAGGACUUUGCACAGUGAUGAAUUGAUCAAGCAUGAUCAAAUGUAUACCACAGAACUGGAAAGUGAGAUUUCCACUACAGCGGAUGAUUAUAGCUCUGAGGUAAAUGGUUGCAGUUUUUUGACAAGAACAGAGGUACCUGCAGACUUUAUUAGGGAAGAAGAAUUUGGAUUUGGAGAGAAUUAUUCUGAGCUUGGGAUACAGCAUUCUAUAGCACGACUGGAGAUGAUGGAGAAUGAAUUGGCUGGAAAACAGCAAGAGAUUGAAGAGCUAAACAGAGAGCUAGAAGAAAUGAGGGCAGCAUAUGGUACAGAAGGAUUGCAACAGUUACAAGAAUUUGAGGCUGCUAUCAAAAAAAGAGAUGACAUUAUCACACAGCUCACUGCUAAUCUGCAACAAGCAAGGAAAGAAAAAGAUGAAACAAUGAGGGAAUUUUUGGAAUUGACUGAACAGAGUCAAAAACUGCAAAUUCAGUUUCAACAUUUGCAGGCAAGUGAAGCUUUAAGGAACACUAGUCAUAGCAGCACGGCUGCUGACUUACUGCAAGCAAAACAGCAGAUCCUUGCAUAUCAGCAACAGCUAGAAGAACAGGAGCAGCUAUUGAAGAAUUAUCAAGUGAAAAAUGAAGACUUUGAACUGCAAGUUUCCCUUCUGCAACAGAGAGUCGCUGCCUUCGAAACGGAAAAAUGCAAAACAGAGGAAGAUUUUACUAAGAGGAAACUCCGGGAAAAGGAAACAGCUAUUGAAGAAUUGGAGGCAAAAAUUUUAGAAGAGGAAGAAAAUAUAUUUAUUCUUCAGAAAAAACUGUCAGCUGCUGAAAAAUCACUUGAAGAAGUAAAAGAAGAGAUCUUGCAAAAGAAUCAAGAGAUACAGAAUGUGAGAGUAGAAUUAAGCAGCUCUAAACAAAAGGAAAGGCAAUGUUCUGAUGAAAUAAAGCAAUUAAUGGGAACUGUGGAAGAGCUACAAAAGCGAUAUCACAAAGAUAGCCAGCAUGACAAUGAUAUUGUAGAAAGAAUGGAACUUGAAGCACAAAGGAGACUUGCAGACCUCAGAGCAGAAUUGGAGGAAGUUCAUGGGCAGCAGAUUGUGCAAAUGAAGCAAGAGUUGGUUAGGGAACAUACAAUGGAGAUCGAAAAGCUUCUUGCCCAACAAAAAGCAGAUAUGGAGAGAACGUUGAGCUUACACUCUGGUAAUACUAAUGAAGACCAGAUGCAUUUAAUGAAUAUUGCAAUUAACGAGUUGAAUCUCAUGCUUCAGGAAGCUACUUACCAGAAAGAAAAGGUGAGGCAAGAUUUAUCACAACAGCUUGAAAUAUUAUCCUCAGAGAAGUCUGCUCUGCAAAAUAAAGUUGAAGAUCUUUGUCAAGAGCUGGACUUUGCAAGAGAGCAAAUUCAGAGAGCCAAGCAGACCAUAAAUGAGAGAGAAUCAAAGUUACAUGAAGUAGACCAGUUACAAAUCACUACCGCAGAGCUAAGAGCACAACUUGCUGCUGCAUCUGAGAUCAGGGAAGAAUUAGAAGAGAAACAUGAGGCAGAAGUUACAAAUUACAAAAUAAAACUUGAAAUGCUAGAAAGAGAAAAGGAUGCAGUUUUGGGCAGGAUGGCUGAAUCUCAAGAAGCUGAACUAGAGAGACUGAGGACUCAUCUUUUGUUCAGUCAUGAAGAAGAGCUAUCAAAACUUAGAGAUGAUCUACAGCAAGAGCACAGAAUAAACACUGAAAAUCUUAAAGAUAAUAUGAUUAUGCAAUCUAAACAGCAGUUGGAUGACUUACAAAAUGAAAUGAGCAAAAAGAUGGAAGCUAUGCAAUUUGAAAAUGAAAACUUAAUAGCAAAGCAGAGUGAGCUCACAUUAGAAAUAGCAAGGCUAAAAGAUUUGCAGGAGUCUAUUGUAAAUUCUAAAUCUGAAGAAAUGAUGCUUCAGAUCCAGGACCUCCAAAACGAGAUAGAAGUGCUUAGACUAGAGGAAAAAGAAAAGGGUACACUUGAGCAGGAAGUUCAGGUGUUACAGCUGAAAACAGAAUUAUUAGAAAAGCAAAUGAAAGAACGAGAGGAUAGUCUUCAAGAAAAAUGUACCUUACUUGAAACACAAAACAAUUUUCUUGAAGACAAAAGCAAUGCUCUGAAAGAGAAGCUAAAGAAGUAUUCUAUUAAGAAUACAGAAGAAAGCUUCACUGAUGGCAUUAGUUCCGAGUCAGAAGAAUUUGAUUUGCAAAACAGAAUAGACAAUCUGAUAGCAGAAAAUGAGAAACUUGUAAAACAAGAUAUUGAACUUAAAGAAGAGAUUGAGAGGCUACAGAAUUCCUUUUCAUUUGCUGAGCAUAAUUACCAGGAACUCCAAAAAACCCAUGCUUCUCUACUAAAGGUAAAAUUGGAUUUAGAAGAGAGCAAGGACAAGCGAGAAGCGGAAUAUGAAGCCAAGCUCCGGGCUUUGACAGAAGAGAUCCAACAUUUACAAGGAGAUACAUCAGUUGUACUGAAAAGUCAAAGUACGAUUGUUUGUGGUAAGAGAGAGAAGAUCCUAAGAUCAGAAACAUUUGAUGUUGAGGAGGUUGUUGAAAAAGACACAACAGAGCUUAUGGAAAAGCUUGAGGUCACUCAGCGUGAGAAGCUAGAACUUUCCCUGAGACUUUCUGAUCUUUCUGAACAAUUGAAAUUAAAGAGUAGUCAGAUAUGCCUAUUAAAUGAAGAAGUUAGAUCUCUAAAACAAGAUAAAGAGCACAUGUCAGUGAAAUGUAAAGAACUAGAAGUGCUAGUUAGCCACAGACUGGAAGAGAAUAUGAACUCAUAUGAACAUGAGACAAAAUACCCCAAUGGGGGGCUACAGACAGGCCACCCCAGAGUUUGUGAACACACAGGCUUUGUUCCUGAUUCAUACAAAGACUAUGACAAAGCUAUAAGAGAGGAGAAACUGAUCGCAAACCAGAGUGUGGUCCAUCAUGUUCCAGUGGAAGAGACAAUUGAACUUUCAAUAUCAGAGCCAGAAUCACUGUUGGAUAACUUUCACAAAAUGAACGAUGGGCUAGCAGGAGGCUCUUCAUGUUUGAACCAUUUGCAAAGUGAAAGCGAGCUUCAGGAGCAGUUGGAUAUGCUGAAAUCUGAACAGAGCGAUUUAAAACUGCAGAUGGAAGCCCAGCGCAUUUGCCUGUCUUUGGUUUACUCGGCUCACGUGGACCAAGUGCGCGAAUGCAUGGAAAAUGAAAAGGAGAAUGCGCUUUCUGCUCUUAAAGAAGAGCUCCAGUCCCAUCAUGCACAAGAACUGAAUGAACUUAUGAAAAACCAACUAGAUCUUCAGAACGUUAAAAAUCAAAACUUAGAUGAAGAAGGCCAGUCUCCAUGGGUGCAUCUAGAAAGGCUUAGCAAAACAGUAGCUGAAGAAUGUUCUAAGCUCACUCAGUCCCUUUGCAGCGUUCAACUUGAAAAUGUUUCACCUGCUGUUGAAUCUGGUGCUGGGGAGAGAGAACAAUCGAACUCAGUGUUAAUAUCAAGAACAGAAGCCCAAGCUUUGCAAGGAACCCUGCAAAUUCUUCUGAGCAAGAUAAUGGAAGAGUAUCACAGAUUACUGGACUAUCAUUCAAAGUUUGUGAAAGACAGAAAAAAGCUUGAAGAGCAAGAGGCAUCAUUUGCAGAAUACAAUGGAAAAGAAAGCAACUGUCUUCAACAGAGUGUAGAAUGUUUACCUACUCCGUCACAGGAUCUUGCUGAUCUUAAAGUGAGGUCACCCUGUUGGGAAGACAUGGAUAACUUUAAAACUCGACUUGAAGAACAACAUGCUCAGGAAGUGAAGCGCCUCAGAUCAUAUUUCCAUCAGCAGUUGAAAGAAACUGAGGAAAGAUAUACUGCAGAGAUAGUCCACUUACAAAGCAGACUCCAAGAUGCCAGUGUGGCUUCCGAUUGCUUCAGUAUUUCUGUGGAAUCACAGGAAAAUGAAGUUAAGCAGAAUGGGAAGAACACCAAAAGUAGUCGUCAACAAUGUACAGAAAACCCAGAAGAGCUCACUAAUGACAUUGCUGUUACUGAAUUUCUGGAAGAACAGUACCAAGAAAAAUUACUACAAGAAGUAGCAAAGGUGGUGGUAACCAUGAGCGUUGAGUUUGCACAGAAAAAUGAACUAGCAAGGAUUGCAAAUCUAAAGGAAGAAGAAAUGUUAUCGGUAGUACCAAUAGAAACUCAGCAAGAAAAUAAUUUCACUAGAAAGGAAUGUCUUGAAAAAUUCGAUAGUGCUUCUCUUCUCAUUUCGAUGCCUAAUUAUGAAGAAUCCAAAUCACUUAGCAGAGAGAUCAGUGAAGAAUGUGGUGAAAUUUCAUCACUUGAAGGACAAUUUCAACCAGAUGUUAAGCCUGCUAAAACAUUUGGGUUACACAACUUUGAUUCAACAAUCUCUUCCUUAAAUGAUAGAGAGCUUAUGCAGAAUACAUCUCUGAUUCAGAAUGAAGUUUCAACCUCCAGCAUAGUAUCUUCAAGUCAGAGAUCAUUGUAUGAAGAGCGUUUGGAAGAUAUGCGUCAAGAGCUUGUCCGUCAGCAUCAGGAACAUCAGCAGGCAACAGAAAUAUUGAAACAGGGUCACAUGAAGCAGAUGGAGCUGCAGAAAGAAAACCAAGAGAUCCUCCUAGCAGAGCUUGAUAGGCUUAAAGUACAAUUAGCAGAGAGUGACACACUGGAUAGUGAAAGCAUCAUCACAGAAAGAGAACAAAUGCUUUUAGAGGAACUAGAAUCACUAAAGGAGCAGCUCCUGGCAGGGAGAGAGAAGCUACCCUGUGAGCUAAAAACCAGUGGUACUCAGACACAGAGUGAAAAUGUAAGUCAGAAUGAAUCCAAAGAGAAAAUUGGUGAAGGUGAAGAUGAAGGAAAGCAUGAAGGAACUUCUCCGGAUAUCCUUUCCAAAGAAAGAUGUGCCUUGCAGAAAGCUAAUAACAGACUGCUGAAGAUUCUGUUGGAAGUCGUGAAGACGACUGUAGCUGUAGAAGAAACAAUUGGCCGCCAUGUUGUAGGACUUCUGGAUCGCUCAUCUAAAUGUCAGUUGCCUUUUAAAAGUCUUGCAUGGGAGACCAGAGCUGAGGAUUCCACAAAACCAAGCAUCUGUGUGGCAUACGAAGCAGAAAAGGCAUCAUCUUCGUAUCAUGGCAGCGAUGUAGAAGGUGAUGGCCCUAGCAUGUGGUCAGAAGUCACAGAUGAAGGCCUUGAACUCUCACAGUACCUCACGGAGCAUGGCUUUGCUGGAGUGGAAGUAGACCCCAAAAAUGAAGAGCUGGUUUUAAAUAUCAGUUCUCGACUUCAGGCAGCCGUUGAAAAACUUCUGGAAACAAUAAACGAAACCACCAAUCAGCUUGAACAUGCUAAAGUUACACAGACAGAAUUGAUGCGAGAGUCCUUUAAACAGGAACAAGAAGCCACUGAAUUGCUCAGAUGCCAGGAGGAAUUGCAAGAGCGGCUCGAUGGAGAGGUUAAAGCUAGAGAGCAGUUGGCUUUGGAGCUUAGCAAAGCAGAGAAUCUUAUUGAUGGCUAUGCAGAUGAAAAAUCACUUCUGGAAGAGCAAAUCCAGGAAAAAACAGAUGCAAUAGACCAUCUUGAGCAAGAGCUACUCUGUACAGGUAACAAAUUACAGGAACUAGAGGCUGAGAGACAGCAGCUUCAAGAAGAAAAGGAGUUACUCUUCAGACAAAAGGAUGCUAUGAAAGCUGAUGCAGGACCAGUAGAACAACGCCUAGUAGAUGCUGCAGUCGAUGCAGCUUCCCAAGCAGAGUUGCUGGCGGAAACAGAAAAGCUCAUGAAGGAAAAAAUAGAGGUGCAGCGGCAAGCAGAAAAAGAAUAUGACUACCUUCAAAAGCAGGUGAAGGCACUGGAAACUGAUGUAGAGGAGCAGGUCAGCCGAUAUUUGGAACUGGAGCAUGAAAAAAAUGCAGAACUGAUGGAUCUAAGGCGACAAAACCAAGCUCUGGAGAAACAGCUUGAGAAAACAAAAAAAUUUCUAGAUGAACAGGCGAUUGAUAGGGAGCAUGAGAGAGAUGUUUUCCAGCAAGAGAUUGUGAAACUGGAGCAGCAGCUUAAGAUUCCCCAGAGGUUUCAGCCAGUCAAUGAACACCAAAACAGAGAGGUUGAGCAGUUAACAAAUCACCUCAAAGAAAAAACAGACAAAUGCAGUGAGCUUUUGCUCUCUAAGGAGCAACUUCAGAGAGAUGUGCAAGAACGGAACGAAGAAAUUGAGAAAUUAGAGUGCAGAAUCAGAGAACUGGAACAAGCUUUAAUGAUCAGUGCAGACAGUUUGCAAAAGGUGGAGGAAAGGAAGCAGUUUGGCUCUACAACAAUAAGGGGAGAAUUGCCCCUUGAAGCACAGUUACAGGCUGAGCAAGAAGCUGUAGACAGGAAAGAAAAAGAGAUCAUAAAUCUUGAAGAACAAUUAGAGCAGUUUCGUGAGGAACUAGAAAACAAAAAUGAAGAAGUACAACAGUUGCACAUGCAAUUAGAAAUCCAGCACAAAGAGUCCACUACAAGACAACAAGAACUUGAGCAAGAGAAUAAAUUUUUCAAGGAGGAUAUGGAAAAAAUGGGACUAGCUAUCCAGAAACCUGAAGAUACUUCUAUAAAGGGUCAUCAUGCAGUUGCUGGAAAAUUUGUGCAGAUCAUACAGGAAAAGGAACAGGAAAUAAAUGAACUUCAUGAACAAAUUUCAAAACUGCAACAGCAACUUGAAAUUACAACAGAUAACAAAGUGAUUGAGGGCAAAAAUGAGCACAUAAGGGAACUGGAGGCCCAAAUAGAAUAUUUAAAGAGCGAUCAGGAACGUGUGAAGCAAAACAGCGAACAGGAACUCGAGCAGCUAAAUGACGUUAUCGAAAAACUCCAGCAGGAGUUGGCAAAUAUUGAGCACAAAGUACCUCUGGACUUUUCUUUGACUCAGGAAGAUGCAGAUAACUUAAAAUACCAGCUUGAUGUCGUGUUGGCAGAAAAGGAAGCUUUGGUGAAACAAGUGGAAAAUAAAGAUGUAGAGGUCUCUGUCAUGAAGAAUGAACUUGAGGAAACAAAAUUAAAGAUGGGCAAGUUGGAGAAAGAAGUAGAUGUAUUUAAGAAAGAACAUGAGAAGAAAAAGGAAGGAAUACACAGAAACAUGCAGAUGGACAGUGGUGUGGCAGAAAUACGAGGAUCAAGCCAACUGAAAACUGAAAGUCAGAAGAAAACUAAAAUGUUAAAAAAUGAAACCCCUCUUGGCUAUGAGGAGAAAAAUGCCAAAGAUUCUUCCAGCACAAAGUUGCAGCAGCUUCAAGAGGCUUUGGAGGAAAAGGAUUCAGAGCUAAAGCAACAUUGCAAUCAGCUCAUGGCUUUAAAAGAGCAAGCCCAGGCUGAGUCAGCGGUGCUUAAACAGAAAAUAACAGAGCUGGAAGAAACGCUUGAGCAGAAAGUUGCUGCAGCCCUUGUGAGUCAAGCUCAGCUGAAAGCAGUUCUGGAGCAAAGUAAACUUCUCCAAGAAAUGCAGGUGGUUUCAGGAGACGCCUUAGAAGCUAUAAAAACUAUUUCAGCGGAGAAAGGAAACAGCACACCUGGAGAAGAUGCAGGUUCUAUAUUAACUUCAUUAUCCAACAAACUUUUGGAAAUGGAGAGCCAGCUGGCAGGUGCGCAGAGCAGCCUGGAGCUAGAAAAAGCAAAGGUGGAAAUUGCACAGAAGGAAGCAAAGGAGAAGGAAGAGAGACUUGCUGAACUUCAUCAACUACUAGCAGAAGUAGAAGAAAAGCACAAAAAGGAGAAAGCAAAGAGUUCUAAGCAAGAAAAAACGCUUACUGCUCAGGUGGCUAAAGAAUUGAGUGAAAACAAAGAAAGAAAUAUACUGUCUGAUGAUCCUGAACUAGAGAGAAUCAGAGCUGAGUCUGUUGCUGCUAAGGAAGAGCUUAAUAGCUACAGAGAAAAGGCAGAAAAACUUAAUGAGCAGUUAAUGGUAAAAGAAACAAGUUUACUUCGUCUCGAAGAAGAUCUAAGGCAAACCAAAGAUAAGCUGGCUGAGGCAGAAGAGAAAAUUGAAAAUUAUGUGAGAAAGGAAAAGUGCAUUGGAAAGUCAGAGGGUGUUUGUAUCAAUAGAAGUGAUGCAUCAUGUCAGACUGACAAAGCCCUGCACAUCAACAGCUGCAACCAAACUUCACAGCUCCUUGUCAAAAAUGAGGAAAUUCAGUUUGAUUUACAGAAUGGGUGUUCUGCAGAGGAAGUUGCAGAAAUCAUCAAAGAAUUCAGUGAAAAAAUUGACAAAAUGCAGGAGCUACAUGCUGCUGAAAUAAUGGAUAUGGAGACCCGGCAUAUCUCGGAAUCGGAGGCACUAAAAAGAGAGCAGUUUAUUGUAGUGCAGGAAUUAACGGAGGAAUGUAACACUUUGAAGGAUGUCAUAGAAGCCCUGAGAGAUAAAGAGGGGAUCCCUUGCAUAGCACAACCCUCAUCUUCUAACGCUAGAGAUGGAUGCUCCAGUGACUCUAGUUCAGACUGGAGCCAAGGAGCAUAUCUUGUACCAAGCCAAGGAUCAGAUGCUGUAUCAGAAGGAAUAGGAGAUGAAGGUGAAGAAUCAACAGAUAUUCUUCCAAAGGGAAUAAAGGGAUUGCUAAGAGCUAUUCAUCGGGAAGGUGAACAGAUUAUCUCUCUCUCAGAAUCUCCUUAUAAGGAAAGUAACGUACAUUCCCUUAAACAAGGCCCAGAAUUUUGGCUAGAAGAACGUAAGGCUUUCUUGGGCACUGUUUCAUCUUUGAAGGAUGUAAUUGCAAAGAUGCAGAUUCACAGGGACACUGAGUUUUAUGCAGGAUCUGAAUCUUCUGAAGGUGUCUCAGAUUGGCGAGCUGAACUUCUGUAUGCUGUUCAACAAGUGUUUCAAAAAGAAAAGGAUGUUCUUCUAGCAGCAUUUCAAAUGGAAUUGGCUGAAAUGGGCAUUAGAGAUGUAAUGGAGAUCGUGGAUCAGUUGGAAAAGAGACUUCAAGAACAGCACAUAUUUCAGAGAACUGCUGUGGACUGCAUUCAGAAUGCGGAUAGAAGAAGUCUGUUAAUGGAAAUCAAUUUAUUGCGUGCUCAGCUGAACAACAGAAGAACUGAUCUAAGGGGAGAACUAGAAAUGGAGCCAAAAUGUCAUGAAUUGUUGGGGUACAACAUGGAAGUGCAAAUGGAGCUUAGUAAUAUAAAGGACAAAGCAGCUGAGGUUCAGGAGCAGCUGAAUUCUGAGAGGGUGAUGGUUGCAGAACUGAAGAAUGAACUUGGACAGACUAAACUGGAACUGGAAACUACACUGAAAGCCCAGCAUAAGCACUUAAGAGAUCUGGAAGCCAUCAGAAAUGAACUUAAGGGGAAAGCAGCUGAAUUAGAUUUGCUCAAAGACACCAUGGCAAGUGAACAGAAGAAAUCAAGAGAGCUUCAAUGGGCGUUGGAGAAAGAAAGGGCUAAAAUAGAACGCAGUGAAGAAAGAGGAAAAGAAGAGCUUGAGGAUUUGAAAUAUUCCCUUGAAAAUGAGAAACAAAAAGUUGCAGAACUGAGUAAUCUUUUGGAGCUGGAGAGAGAGCUGUCAACUGAUUUGCAAAAGAAGAUCCAGUCCCAAGAAACAUUGAAUGCAGCCCAAUUGUCCCAGGAGCGCAGCUGUAACUCUGAGCUUCAGGUACUUCUGGAAUCUGAGAGAUUCAGGGUUCUUGAGAUAAACAGUGCACUAGAAAGGGAGAAAGAGUUGUGUGCCCAGCUUCAGGCAGCUGACCAGAAAAGUCAGGAUGGAACUCUUACACCAGCUGAAGAAUUACUUCAGGAUCUGCAGAAACAACUGGACGAAAAGCAUGACUGUAUAGUUGCCCUGGUUAGCGAAACUGAGAAAUAUAAAUUGGAAGUUGUGCAAUUGAAACAACAGAUGGAAAUGGAGAGGCAGGUGCAAAGAAAAGCUCUACAGACGGAGCAAGAUGCUAACAUCCUGGCACAGAAAAAAGUACACGAAUUGGAAUCCAAGGUAGAAGAUCUUCAGUGGCAGCUUGGGGAGAAGAGACAACAGGUUCAUCAGCUGCAAUGUGAGGAAAAGAAAUUGCAAGAAACAAUCCAAGAAUUGCAGCAAAGAGAACAGAGAGAAGAGCCUGGAGUAAAAGUGGAAAAAGCAGUAUGUCAGAAUCUAAAUGAGACUACUAGGGAUACAUCUAAUGAGCGAACCAGAAAGUGGGUUUUCCAGCAGAAAAUUGGAGGAGUUGAAACAAAAGAAUUGUCCUAUUCUGCCCUAGUUGGCAUGGGAGAUGCUACCAAGGAAUCUCAAGAUCUGCAGAUGAUUGGACAGAAGCUUAUAAGUGUGUCUUCCACAUUGAAACAUCUGGCUAACAAAGCUGCCCAAAGAUUACCAUUUGAAAAAGCAGAUGAUGAAGGCUUUGUUGGAAUACAAAAUAACAUUGAAGAAGUUAUCUUGCAGUUACAAAUGCUGUCUGGCUUGCCCAACCUGGAAGCAGAGAUAAGUUCAGACUUGCCAUCCUCUGCUUCAUUGGCUGAAAGAUUACUAAAACAGAAUGCUGAAUUGACUGGGUUUGUCAGCAGACUGAGCGAGGAGAAGAACAAUUUGAGAAAUGCAGUCAUGAAACUGGAGGAGGAGCUUAGACGAUACCAGCAGAGAGGGGCGUGUGGAGACUCGACUUUCAGACUGUCACUGAACAAUGGAGGAAGUGUCGAUACUCUCCUUGCUUCUGAGAGAGAGCUCUGGAACAAAGAGAAAUUGAUUCUGCAACAGUCCCUGAAGCAGGCCGAAGCAGAGCUGGCCAAACUGAGGGCAGAAUUAAGGAACGAGGCUUUCCUGAGAGAACUGGGGUCAGAUUCAGAAAAUGCUGCUUUAAAGAGAAUUUAUGGCAGAUAUCUGAGAGCAGAGAGCUUUCGAAAGGCUCUCAUAUACCAGAAGAAAUAUUUGCUGCUCUUAUUGGGCGGGUUUCAGGAGUGUGAAGACGCCACCUUAUCCCUCCUUGCCAGAAUGGGCGGGCAGCCUUCCUACACAGACCUAGAGGUGAUCACCCGCCGUUCAAAGAGUUUCACUCGGUUCCGCUCAGCAGUUAGAGUAUUAAUCGCAAUUUCAAGAAUGAAGUUUCUAGUUCGUCGAUGGCACCGAGUAACUGGUUAUAGUUUAACAGGCAUCAACAGAGAUGGUUUUAGCCAGAACACAGGUAAUGACCUGCGACCUGAUUCCUUCCCGGGUGGUCUGGAGCUCUUUGGAGAACAUAGGCAUUCAUCUUACAGAUCUAGAUCAGAGCUGGAAUCACUUAGAUCUCCUCUAAGCUAUCAGCAUAGGUACCAGGGCAUCCACACCGAUUUAAGCCCAGUCUCCCUCGCAUGUUCUCAGCUGCAGAAUUAUGAUCCUGACAGGGCUUUAACAGAUUAUAUCAACCGCCUGGAGGCUCUGCAGAGGCGGCUUGGCAGUGUACAGUCAGCACCUGCUUCAUACACUCAACUGCAUUCUGGUAUCAGAAGAUAAUCCUUGUGACCUUUUUCAGCGCUGGUAGUGAUAUCAGAUGAAAUGCCUUUUGCAACUCUGCUGCUGCUGCUGUGCUUUUCGUAUGUGUAUAUUGUGGGACCAACAUGAACACAGCUCAAUGAUUGUAUGCAGUUCACCAUGCUGGCAUCUUCACCAAGACUGGAACUUAUGUAUAUAGGCACUUUUUGUGGACAUUUGAAACCGAUCAUUAAAUUUCAUGUAUAUUUGUGGAAUGCUAAUUUAAACAAUUAAAUUAUUUAAAGUGUAUUUAUCAGGCGGUUUGAGAGGUUGAAAUGUUUAUGUCUUGAGAUUGCCGAGUGUGUAGCUCCCAAGUGUGCACAACAGUUUCUGAUGAGGCUAUAAGUGAAGGACUUUUCAUGAUUUUAUCCUAUUUGCUACUGGCACUGCAGAGAAAAAAUAUCACCCGUAGAGACCUAUUUUUGUAAAGGUAGAAGUUUUGAAUUUUAUGGGUAUUUUGUCAAAGUACUGAAAUAAAGAUGAUUUCAUCCUUUUAAA